AUGGCAAUGAAUGAAAAUUUCAAUUACUCCGAAUUGUGUCGUCUGUGCUCAUUAAAAACAAAUCAUCAGCUGCAAAUUUUUGACAAAGAAGGCGAGCAAAGGCAAAUACUUUUUAAAAUUCGCACUCUCAUUGGCUCUGUGACAACAAAAGAGGAUGUCCUACCGAAAAAUAUUUGCCAGAAGUGUCUUUAUAAAUUGGACAUGUUUUUCGAAUUUCGGGCGAGCUGUAUGGCCACCGAAACUGUUUUAAAAAAUUACGCCGACACAUUGAAGCAACUUGCACAGUCAGUCAGCAAUCAGAACGAUAAAGACAAAAUGUCGACAAGCGGGCAGCAGCAACAGCAACGUCCGUCAUACGUGGAAGCACAUGCAGCAGCGCAUGCGACACUGCAACAACACAUGGCUCAGCAAGUAGCUCAAGCGAGACUCUCUGGUCCAGGACUCCCGUCAGCACCCCAGCCACUUAAUCCUACUUUCACGUUGCCGGAUGAUGGCCUGGGUUACGACGAUGGUCACCGAGUUCUCCGGUCGAUUGGCACGUGGUCUCCAGAUUAUUCAGCAGCGAUGGCCCGACCAAGCGGAGUGAUGUCAGUGUUUCCAGGUACCACAGAUCAGCAAUUCUCAAAUAAUCGAGGCGCGACAAUAAACCAGCCAUUAAGAACGACAAAUAAUGUAGGCGGUGUUCGUCCUGGUUCUGUAUCGAAGGCAACAAACACUGGGGAGCCAACAACCAAAGCAUUCGCUUGCACAGUCUGUGGUAAAGGUUUAGCUCGCAAGGAUAAACUUGUUAUACACAUGCGUAUCCAUACUGGCGAAAAACCCUACUCGUGUGAAGUUUGUGUGUUUACUGUCAGAGAAGAAUGGACGCAGCAUGCGAGAUCACAUUUAGUCGACGCCCCAACCCAAAUUCAACAUGCAGCAGCAUACUUCCCAAAUUCGGCGCCUCCACCACAGACCUACACCACGGGAGUUAAUUACUGUUUAAUGUGUCGCAUAGACUUCCCCGACAAGGAGGAGUUUAUGUUCCACAUACGGACCCAUUUUCCUCCCUCACAACAAACACUGCAAAAUCAGAUUAAACAGGACCCGGCCACUGCUGAAAUGAUAGCUCGCGGAAUGGUUGAUCCUACUUUGUGCAGCUAA